GCGAAAUAUUUUGCGUCACAUCAACUCCACAUACUUGAAGAACUGCACAUUCAAUCAUAAAACAGACCCGCACUGCCCAGUUUUCCGUCUGGGAGACAUUGUGACCGAGUCAGGAGAAGACUUCAGUAUCAUGGCUCUCAAAGGUGGCAUUAUUGGUAUUUUCAUUGACUGGAGCUGUGACUUGGACUUCAAUGAACGCUUCUGUGUUCCCAAGUAUUCAUUCAGGAGACUCGACAACAAAAAUCCUGAAAAUAAUGUUGCCCCUGGUUACAAUUUCAGAUAUGCAAAAUAUUACAUGAACAAUGAAAACACUGAAACGCGGACACUGAUAAAGGCCUUUGGAAUCCGCUUUGACGUCAUAGUGUUUGGAAUGGCUGGUAAAUUUAAUAUUGUGCCCACUAUUGUGAACGUUGGUGCCGCUCUUGCCCUUCUUAACCUGAUGAAGGUCAUCUGUGACUGGUUUAUGCUUAAUUGUUUGAGUGAUAGCGAAUACUACUCUAAACACAAAUUUAAGCAUCUCAAACCAAAGGAUGAAAGUGAGACAUUUAGCUUCACAGACCAGAGCUCCUACGGGACUCCUUGAUGGAGUGGAGUGAACACUUAAAAGCAUCAAGAUGGAAAAUAUUAUUUUCAUUUUCAUACACUGUCAUUCAAAUAUUUGAGGUUUGCGAUAUGAUUUCAAUGUUUUUGGAGGUUUGUUCACCAAAGC